AACCUGAACAGGAUCGUAGCAAUGCCUGAACCCGCCAAGUCCGCACCGAAGAAGGGCUCCAAGAAAGCCGUCUCUAAGACCACCCCGAAGGGCGGUAGGAAGAAGAAAAGGAGCAGGAAGGAAAGCUACGCCAUUUACGUGUAUAAGGUGCUCAAGCAGGUGCAUCCCGACACCGGCAUCUCCUCCAAGGCCAUGAGCAUCAUGAAUUCCUUUGUCAACGACAUCUUUGAACGCAUCGCUGCGGAGGCGGCCCGUCUGGCUCAGUAUAACAAGCGCUCCACCAUCACAUCCAGGGAGAUCCAGACUGCCGUGCGUCUCCUGCUGCCUGGCGAGCUGGCUAAGCACGCCGUGUCUGAGGGCACCAAGGCCGUCACCAAGUACACCAGUUCCAAGUAAAGACUUCCAGUGACAUCGUCACCCAACCAACGGUUCUUUUAAGAACCACGCACUUCAUCUAUGGAGCAAUAGACCUGUUGGCCUUCCAAAUUGAAUGGUUAAUUACCAUUAACUCCGCUGCUACUACAGUAGACAUUACUUCCUUGUCUAACUUUCAAUAUUACUUUCUAUGCCGCAGGUGAUAUUACAUUAAAUUUCACACUGGCUACUGAGCUAGCAGACUGCAGCCAACAUACCACACCUCAGGUCAUGUGGAAGUGGUACUUUUUUUUUAACUAAAGGUGGAACUGUGCUUCAGCACUGGAAUUUUGCCCAUCUUUCACAACUGUUAGGCAUAACAUAAACAUUUAUUUCCUUUGUCUAUUUAUAACCACAGAUAUAGUUAAUAUGAGCUAGCAAACAAUGCACGUCAUUUGAGACACACAGACUAUGAAGCGUUUCAUUGUUUGAUAAACAUGCUGUGAUCAUGCAAGUAUGUUAUAAAUGAUACUUACAGUAUCUUGCUGUAUUUUGAUGAUUUAAAACGUUUAUCUUACGCUACUCCCGUCAAUAACAGCAGCAAAGACACAUAUAUAUGAAGGCUCACUCCCAAAAAUUUAUAUAUAGAUCUUAUGUUUGUUUUUUUGCACAAGAGGCAAUAAGAGGUCACUUCCAUGAGGCCACACAUGGGCAGAAGUUCAUUUGAUAAAGUGCCACUCACAUUGACUCACGCGCAGUUUAGUCCUAAAUGUGAAAAAGGUUAUCUUUGUAAAUAAAUUAUUUUGAUGACGGGAGUCAUUUCGUUCUUUUGGUAUGUCCCAUGUUCAUAUAGCCAUAGAACACAACAUUGUGUUAUACAGUUUAUAAUAGUUUAUAAUCUAUGGCACUGGUACUGGGCCAUUUACAACCCAAUGCUCAUUUUCUUAUUGAAAUGUUGAUAAGCCAGAACACAAAACUUACAUGCAGGCUGCUUUUACUAUAACCAAAGAAAAAUAUAACCACUUGAUUUUUUUAAUCCGUGGCCCUCGGUGUAAAAAGUCACCAUUCAGACAGCUAUUGGCGUUAUUUUCUUGUUGCAAAUAUAGUUUAAGACUGAACUACUUGUGAGACUAAAAGACUACUGAAAUUGGGACACAUUGGAGACAAGGUGAUGUCAAAUGUGCUGUAGGUUAAAAGUAUUCAUGCCCACUUGUAUCUUAUACUUUAUUUGACUUUCACACUUUAUACACAUUUUUACACCUUUGUACUUUUAUACUGUUAUCA